GGAGAUAGAACCACAUCUAUUUCAUGUCAUUAUGAUUUAAACUACAGAGUUCCCACUUGGCUCGUGUCCUGAGCUGUAAUUUUCAUGGCUGGCUAUGAGUGAAACAGUUCAACUCAUGAUGGAGGAGCAAAAUGUUACCACAGAAGUCCCAGCAGCCCUAAAGCGCCUGGCCAAGUACAUAGUGAGGGGCUUCUAUGGAGUAGAGUACUCCCUGGCUGUGGAUGUACUGACCCGCUACCCCUGUGUGAAAGAGGAUGACUUGUUAGAGCUGCUCAAGUACGAACGCAAGCAGCUGCGCACUGUUCUCAACACACUCAAGGCAGAUAAGUUUGUGAAGAUGCGUAUACGAUUUGAAACAGGGCCUAAUGGGAAGAGCACAAGGCACAACUACUAUUACAUCAAUUAUAAGGUGCUGGUGGAUGUGACAAAAUACAAACUGGACCACGUACGGCGGAAGAUAGAAGCAGAUGAGCGGGAUUCAACUACCAGGGCCUCUUUUAAAUGUCCAUCUUGUUCAAGCACAUACACAGACCUGGAAGUCAAUCAACUCUUUGAUGUAUUUACAGAGACUUUCCGCUGUACUUACUGCAAUACUGAAGUAGAGGAAGAUGCCUCAGCACUGCCUCCACAUGAUGCUCGAACCUUGCUAGCAAAAUUCAAUGAGCAGAUGGAACCUAUCUUUGUGCUACUGCGUGAGACGGAAGAUACUGUUCUGCCACAUGACUUGUUGGAACCUCAGCCAACAGCAAUCCCAGGGAUAUCGGAAAGCUUUGACCAGGAGGUAUGUUCAGGCAUGCUGGAACCUUGCAGUAGACCUGAAAAAUGGGCCACCAAAAAUUCCUCUUCUGGCAGUCUGUAUAGUCAGCACUUAACUAUUGAUGUCCAAGAUUCUGAGCACAAGAAGAAAAAGAAAGAAAAAGCAACUAAAGAGCAACCUAUCUGGAUGUCAGAGAGCACUGUGGAAGGAGCAACAACAGCCAGCAUCAAUAAUGCUGGAACAAAUGCUUCUGAAGAAGCAGAAGAAACUGUUAAAGAAACUGUUAAAGAAACAGUCACUGAGAAAGAAAUCAUCAAGACUCUUCUCAUCCAUGAAUCCAUGAAGUCACUGUCCAGCACAGACUACGCUUCUGAUGUCAAAAGCAAAUUACCUGAAUCAGGCAGUGACAUGGAGUCCGAAAAUACCAAGUGCUCAGCUUGAAAUGUCGCAGUGUACUUCGCUUGUCCUCUACAUGCAGCAUCACAGUGACUUUAAAGCCUGCAAUGCAACUAAAUUGUCUUUAAACCUUUUAAUAUGUAUAACUUUGCUUUUACAAUCACCUCUUAUCUCUGAUCUGUCAUUUCAAAAUAAAAUCUUAAAAGCUGAGGCUCAAAAUAAUAAAAAAAAAAUAAAAAAAAGGGAAAUCACAGUAGAAUUACACUCAUUUUAUUCAAACUUCAUGCUACUUUGGGUAUAUUUAACCUUCACUAUUACUAAAAUGUCUUCCAUACCAUAUAGCCAUACUAAGAAGGAAGCAAAUUCUGAACUUGAGGUAAUCAUUACAUACUUGACUGCCUUGAAAACAGCUUGCCCUAGCAAAUAGUGAACCGGAUUUUUAUGUAAUGCAGUAAAUAUACUAGAUAAACUAUUUCUUGCUCAACUUUGACUUCCUGUUAAUAGGAAUUCUCAUAUAAAUAGGAAUAUGAAAGAGCAAAUACAAUUUUUAUUCUGAUUUAGCUUUCAAUUUACUUUCCUAUAUCCCUAAUUCUGCCUUUGCCAUGAGAUUUUAUUAGGUGCCACCUAGAUCUUUUCUUUUUUGUUUUUUAAAUAUACAGUAACUUUAAUAGAAAUUUUCUGUAUGUCUUCCUUUUGACAUCCAAAACAAUUAAAAAAGUUAAAUACUUAAGGAAAGAAUUUUACAAGUAUUCACUUACAGCAAUUUUAAAUGUUGCACAUGAAAGGAUAUUAAAAUUUUCAGCCAAGUUUAUCCUGUUUCAUAUUGAAAAGUAUAGAACUGGAACUAAUAAUAAUAAUAAAAAGAUGUUUUCUGCAAUUAACAACAAAACAGGGUAUCUGCUUUGCCUCAGACAAAUGUGCUGACUAGAAUUAAUUCCAAAGUCUGGAGUAAUGAACUAGAAUAAUUAUUACAGGCCUGCUAUACUUAGGCUAUAAGGGCAAGGAGGAGAUACAGACUGUCUACAAGUUGUGCUUGUAGAAGACUGAAAAACUGAGAGACAAGAGUUUCUUUUCCCAGGAAAAUUAACAGCAUUUCUCUGAACAGGACCAGCAAACUGUAAACACACCAACACUUGAGUCAGUUAGCUUCCAAAAAACUCCUUGUAUCAUUUUAUAAGCCUCAGGAAAUUUUUCCAAAAGACAAAUUUACAGACAAGUUCAAACUUUAUUUAAAACUACAACUUUGAACAAGUUUUUAAAAUUACUAAACAAGUCACAUUAAAAAAGAUUAAGACAGAAAAAGAACAGUGCAGCAAAACCGAAUAAAAGAAAGUUCAGUUCCAGCUGUUCAAGCUGCCACAGGCAGAAGUUAGCCUACCUAUUCUAAGAGGCAGUGUGUCAAAAACUAUUUUACAUUUUUAUACACUUCCAGAAUUUGUGAAAUUAGUGCUGAUUUUCCAUAUGCAUUUGUAUACAGAGAGUUUACAUAUGCAGGCAUCUUCAGAUUAUUCUCAUGCACUCUGAGCUCCAAAGGUUU